GUGUUCCUUCGAAUGCUUGGCCUCCCCAACGAAGACAAUCGGAGGAAAAGAAUCCAAACUCUGGAGCACAGAUUCGAGCUCUUCUUGAUUUGCUGUCCACGCUCCAUUUCUUGGAGACUCUAUCUAGGUUUGUCACUAUUGGUGUUGUUGUUGAGGUGGCUGCUUUAGCCGAUAUGGUUGGUUUUGGAGGCUUAUCAGAAAUAAUGGGAUUUUUGGAUAACUCAGAGGAAUGGACGACAGAAAUGGGUUGGAUUGAUUUG